AUGAGGAAAAAGAGACAGGUACAAAGCUUCACGUGUGACAAUGGGGAGGUAAUUGACGAUGAGAACGUGUGCGAUUUCCGGGAAGACUGUUCAGACAGUAGUGAUGAAAGCACAUGUCCUUCGACAUGUGAUUUUGAGGACGGUCUGUGUCUUUGGUACCAUGAUUAUGAUCAGGAUCUAAACUGGACAAUGUUUAAGAAUGAUGAACCCGAGGGAUAUUUCGGUCCUGGAGCUGAUCACACCCGAAAUAGCGUCAACGGGCACUUCUUAUACGUUGACGACCUCAAGAGUGAGGUUAGCCAGAAAGCCAUUAUCCGUAGCCCCACCUAUAGGAUGGCUGCCCGACGUUGCACCUUUUCGAUGUGGUAUUAUGUCUUCGGUGUGGAUAUGGGAACGCUUAAGGUGUUCCAGUAUACACCAUCAAAUGACCGGAACUACAACCUCAUGACAGUGGUUGACCUUGGUGAAGACGAUGGAAUCGGGGAUAAAUGGAAUCUUUACCAAGUCCAAGUGGAAGCGUGUGCAGAAAAUUUUCAGAUGUCAAUUGAAGCAAAAGACAAUAAUGACUACCUGAACAAUGGAGGUUAUGCGAUUGAUGAUAUAAGAUUCGAGAACUGUGCAUAUACCCUCCCCCUACCUCCGGGCGGGUCGUGUGAUGCAGAUUCGGAGAUGUGUGAUUCCGGUCACUGCUUCCCCAAGACCGAAUGGUGUGACUACACACCGAACUGUUGCGAUGGAACAGACGAGUCAACUCAGAAUUGUGCUGAUCAUAGAAUGUGUGACUUUGAGACCGACAUGUGUGAAUGGGGCCAGCUCACUGAUGACACGUUGGACUGGACGAGGAAGAAAGGUGGUGGCACAGGAACAAGUUAUACUGGUCCAUAUAAGGAUCAUACGACCUUCAGCUCUUCAGGUUAUUUUAUUUAUACUGAAGCCACUAAUGCAUUACCUGGUGACUCCUACAGGAUAGGAAGUUUUUAUAUCCAACCAACGUCAUCGGGAUGCGAGAUUCGUUUCUAUCACCACAUGAGAGGGUCGGGAAUGGGAACUCUUAACUUGUACACCCGGACUCAGAUUGGUGGACCGCUGAGUCGUUUGUGGUACACUGACACAGCACAUGGCAACUACUGGCUUUACCAGCGGGUGGAGCUCGCCAGUGAUGCAGCUUUUCAGGUGGUAUUUGAAGGAAUAAGAGGGUCUAGUGAACAGAGCGAUAUGGCAUUGGACGACAUAACUUUCACCCCAGAAUGUAUCGAAUCAAAGAAUCCACUUCCUCCAGCAGACGUUGUUCCUACGCAGCCAAACCAUUGUCCAUCUGGUCAGCGUCCAUGUAACAUAGAUGAUUGUAUAGAUGAAUCCAACUACUGUGACUUUGCAUAUCAGUGUGAAAUUGGUCAUGAAGAUGAAGCUUAUUGCCCCUCUACUUGUAAUUUUGAUGCUGUAGACCAAACCUUGUGUUACUGGAGUCAGGACGUCAAUGACGAUUUUGAUUGGUCAUUGUUCACUGCUGCUGAGGUGGAUGAUAGUUACAAGGGCCCUAGAACUGACCACACCACAGGGUCACCCUCAGGACACUACAUUUACGUGGAUGGAACCCUCUCCUCCAUCAAUACGUUUGCCAAACUCAUUAGUCCCAUCUAUACAAAAUCAGCGAGAGGUUGCACCUUCAGCAUGUAUUAUUAUAUGUUUGGCAUCGAGUACGGAGACCUGGAGGUCCGCCUUAUAAAUCUUGAGGGGUUGGAUGUUCGCCUGACCAAAGUCGGCGACGACGUGCUUGAUUACAACAAAUGGAUUCUUAGUGAAUCGGUGAUUCCUGCAUGCACCAAAAACUUCCAGAUCGUUAUCGAGGCCGAAGACCGGCAAGUAGUUCCUUCUGAGGGAGGUUUUGCGGUCGACGACAUUGCCUUCAUAAACUGUUACUACAGUCCCGCUGAUCCAGGAAAUUGUGGUUUAGUGGGUCAGAGUCAAUGUGAUGCAGGGGAGUGCUACCCAGUCGAAAACCAGUGUGAUUUCACCCAGGAUUGCUGUGAUAUGUCCGAUGAGGACCCACAAACAUGCAAUCAAUUGGGUUACUCUAUGUGUGACUUUGAGAUCGACUUAUGUGACUGGGAGCAGCUGACUACCGAUGAGUUUGAUUGGCGAAGAAAUAAAGGAGAUACAUCGAGUGAAGGAACAGGUCCAAAAGUGGAUCACACCCUCGGCACAGAUGAAGGGUAUUACAUCUACACAGAAGCAAGUAACCCCAAGAAACUGGGAGAGAGGGCAAGACUGGCUAGUUUUACAAUAGCAGGAUCACGCACCAGCAGAUGCUCUAUGCGAUUCUUCUAUCACAUGCGUGGCACUGGUAUGGGGACGUUGACCGUCUACACAAGGACACAAAUAAACGGACCUCUUACUCCAAUUUGGUCAAUGUCACGUGAUCAAGGCAACAUAUGGUACUACCAAAUACUUGAAAUAGAUAGCGAUGUCGACUACCAAAUAAUCAUAGAGGGUAGUAUUGGUACAACGACAGAUGGCGAUAUUGCACUCGAUGACAUCAGCCUAACACCAAACUGUGCUCCAGCCUCUGAAAGCAUCCCAGCUAUAUCAACAGUACCCCCAUCUCAAAUAGCAUGCACAGGAGGCCAGCUGCCAUGUAACAUGGGUUGCAUCGAUGAGUCAUCCUAUUGUGAUUUCAAACAUGAUUGUCUCCCGGGUCAGGAGGAUGAGCUUACAUGUCCUGUAUUCUGUGAUUUUGAAUCUGACUUGUGCUAUUGGACUCAAGCAAAUGACAAUGACAUAGAUUGGACGUGGUACAAUCAUGGUGAAGACCCACUUACUUACAAUGGACCGGAUACAGACCAUACUACAGGAGCUGCAAGUGGCCACUAUAUCUACGUGGAUGGAUCCAUUUCAAAAUUGGAUGAUAUUGCCAAGAUCAUCAGUCCCAUGUAUAAGAAAUCGAAGAGGGGUUGCCUCUUCACACUGUGGUACUACAUGUUUGGAAUCGAAUAUGGUGACUUGGAAGUGCGUCUGAUGACAGGGGAAGAGGACUAUCGACUGACGAAGGCCAACGAUGGCGCAUCUGAUUAUGGCAAAUGGCAGAUAUACGUCACAGAGAUACCUCCCUGCUCAACUAAUUUUCAGGUUGCUGUAGAGUCGGAGGACAGACAGCUAGUACCAAGUGAGGGUGGCUUUGCUGUAGACGACAUGCUCUUCCAAGAUUGUGAGUACCCUGAGGCGGUCUCUCCCGGGUCGUGUGGGAUCGGAAAUUCUCAGUGUGCCAGUGGUGAAUGCUAUCCAACUAGUCAGAUGUGUGACUUUACCCCAGACUGCUGUGAUCUGACAGAUGAACAGAAUUGCGGAUCCCGUGGCUAUACAAUGUGCGACUUUGAGAAUGGAUUGUGUAAUUGGGAACAACUGGAAACCGAUGAGUUUGAUUGGACCCGUCGGAGUGGACCCACCAGCAGUGAUGGGACGGGACCAAGCAAAGAUCAUACAACUGGUUCAGGCUACUAUCUGUACACAGAAGCAAGUAAUCCGCGAAGAAAUGGUGAACGGGCCAAACUUGGUAGCUUCAACAUCCAGUCAACAAUUACUGGACAGUGUGUGAUCCGAUUUUUCUACCACAUGGAAGGGAUAGGAAUCGGGACUCUCAAUGUGUAUACUAGGACCUCAGUUAAUGGGCCUAAGACUUUACUCUGGACCAAAGAAAGGGCAAUUGGAGGCGAGUGGGUUUACCAGACUAUACCUCUUCGAAGUAACAGCAAUUUUCAGGUCAUCAUUGAAGGCGUGAUUGGCUACACCACUGACAGCGACAUCGGACUCGAUGACGUCAGCUUCACGCCGGAUUGUAAGCAGAUCUCAGGCACCCUCCCAGUGGUCGUUACGGAAGUGAACACCCAGCCCACAGGUCGGACAGUCAGUAUCUGCCGAUCAGGAAAGGUGUACUGCUCGGCAGAUCGUAAAUGCAUUGAUGAGGAGGUGAUCUGUGAUGGUUUCAACGACUGUUCUGAUGGUUUCGAUGAACAAUCAUGCUAUAUUCCAAAAGAUGAUAAUCUUGGUCUAAUAAUUGGUUUGAGUGUUACAUUUGGAUUAGCUUUCCUUGUGGCUGUCUCAUUGGGGGUUGCUUACUUCGUCAGGAAAAACCAAGGAAAGACAAACGAUCCUGCACUUACGGGAGCUACUUUCACAACAGGAAUGUCAAACCCAGGAUAUGCAAGUGAAACUCCCACCAACAAGGAGAUUGCUUUUUCGAUGAAUAGGUCAGACGCUUGAUCAGUAUCCAUGGUUGUUAUGGCAACUUUACCUUAUGCCCAAGUACACCUGAAUGCAAAUAAUUUGAUUUUAAAUCUUAUAGAACCAAUAGAUGGACUUUUCUAAAGGAUAAGGGAAUAAAUAUAUAUUUU